AUGACGGAGGGCAUGAUGACAAGGACACGAGCGAUAGAGGAGACCAUCUCUCAGCUUAUCGAGCGUCACGAUGCUCUGCUGGCGAAGAUGGAGAACUUAUGUGGUUCCGGCCAACAGCAUGCCGACCUCUUUGACACCAUCCAGAAAUCUUUGGCCACUCAACAAACGGUGAUGACUGAUAUGAUGUUCAAGCUCUCAAAGAUUGAGCGGGGCGCUUCACCCCCUCUUCUUCCAUCUCCUCCGGCAUCUCCAGGUUCGGGGUUCCACCAUCAUCUGCAAGCUGCGACCCAGUCAAGCCACUCCGCGCAAGCUGGGCUGCGUCUACCUAAACUGGAAAUACCCCUUUUCUCAGGUGAGGAUGUCCUCUCUUGGAUUUUUCAAAUAGAACAUUUCUUCAGUCACCAUACCACACCAGAGGACCAGAAAAUUUUGAUUGCUGCUUUCUAUAUGACGGGAGAAGCACUACAGUGGUAUCAUUGGUUGUUCGCCACCGAGCAGUUGACGACUUGGGAAGCCUUUGUCCGCCUGGCGGAGAUAAGGUUUGGGCCAUCCAAAUUUAUUAAUCGCGAAGCUCGUCUUUAUAAACUUAAGCAACAAUCCUCUGUCACUGCAUAUAUGUCUGAUUUUGAGUGCUUAUCCACGAGGAUUAUUGGGCUGCGACCCAGUAGCUUGUUGAAUUGUUUCUUAUCCGGACUACGCGACGACAUUCAGCGCGAGUUAUACAUCUUGCGGCCAGAGACGCUUGAGGAUGCCAUGGGGCUAGCUAAGAUCGUGGAAGAUAAGUGCAACGCAGUCAGGGCUGCUUCUGGGCCACAGCGUUUGCCCUUCCGGCCCCUUAAUGUCGCUCAUGUGGCAAAUACACCCACUGGGUCACCGCGAAUACCAGCAACCUCGCAUCCUAUUCCAAUUAAGCGGCUUACCCCGGCCGAGAUGGCUUCUCGGCGGGAACGAGGGUUGUGUUUCAAUUUUUUAGAGCCUGAUUCACCCACGUUAGCGAUAGAGGCCGCAUUACCGCCUGACGAGGCAGCAGCGGGCGAGGUACCCUGCAUAUCUUUUCAUCCACUCGUGGGAGCUUUAGUUCCCUCGACACUGAAACUUGCUGGAAAGAUUAAUGGCAAAGUGGUGACUGUGUUGAUCGAUGGGGGAUCAACCAAUAACUUCCUUCAAUCACGGCUGGCGUCACACUUGGGAUUAACUGUGCAGGCCGCACCACACUUGAAUGUCACUGUUGGUAAUGGCGCACAGCUCCAGUGUGGGGGUGAAUGUCUUCAAGUGCCGCUACAGCUUGGCGAAGCUAUCUUCCCUGUUGAUCUCUUACUCCUUCCGGUGUUUGGGGCUGACAUUGGCUUAGGGGUUCAUUGGCUUGCCCGACAGGGGCCAACCCUGUUUGAUUACAAAGAACUCUGGAUGGAGUUUGUUCACAAUGGUGAGCGUGUUCGAUUGCAUGGAAUGCCUAACAUUCGCGCUGAUAUUACUUCUCCAGUCUCACUGAGGCGUGAUGCUCGGGGCCAACAGGGCAGUCAAUAUUUUCAUUUAUCUGUCACCUUGACCGCGGAUUCUGAUACUACCCCAGCGUCACUAGCGAGUGUUGACAACACGGCUCCCAGGGCCUUCACUGACAACCUGCAUACAUUACUGAUGUCUUAUUCUGAUAUUUUUGCAGCUCCUACUGGUCUUCCACCCGAGCGGGAGUUUGAUCAUCGUAUCCCUCUCCUAGCUAACACCUCCCCGGUGAACGUGCGACCUUACCACUACCCACAUUAUCAGAAGACUGAAAUUGAACAGUUGGACGGAACGUGGCGAUUCUGUGUUGACUACCGUGCCUUGAAUGCGGUUACCGUCCGUGACCGUUUUCCCAUUCCGACAGUAGAGGAGCUACUUGAUGAGCUCGCUGGUGCUCGGGUGUUCUCCAAGAUGGACCUCCGCUCGGGUUAUCAUCAGGUCCGCAUUCACCCCGCCGACAUUGAGAAAACGGCAUUUAGGACGCAUGAGGAACAUUACGAAUUUCUUGUAAUGCCCUUUGGGCUGUCAAAUGCUCCAUCAUCUUUUCAAGCUUUGAUGAACUCUGUGUUUCGCUCUAUGUUGCGCCGAUUUAUGCUGGUUUUCUUCGAUGAUGUUCUCAUUUAUAGCCCUUCUUGGAUGGAGCAUCUGCAGCAUCUCCAACAAGUGUUUGAUAUGUUUCGCCACCACAAGCUCUCUGCCAAGUUGAGUAAAUGUGAGUUUGGGUGCACCAGCUUGGGGUAUUUGGGGCAUCGUAUUUCUGCUGAGGGAGUCAUUGUGGAAUCUGAGAAGAUCCAAGCAGUCCAAGAUUGGCCCCUUCCCUCCAAUGUGCGUCAGCUGCGCGGAUUAUUGGGUUUAACCGGUUAUUACAGGAGAUUUGUUCCGCAGUAUGCACGAAUUGCAGCUCCACUGACUGACUUGCUUCGAAAACAGGCCUUCAUUUGGACACUUGCGGCAACCGCUGCAUUUGAGGCGCUCAAGCAAGCACUCAUCUCCACACCUGUCCUUCAUCUACCCAGGUUUGACAAGCCCUUUGAGGUACAGACCGAUGCCUCCGCAAAGGGAAUUGGAGCAGUGCUUUUACAAGACCAGCACCCCAUUGCUUAUUUCAGCAAGGCUCUCACAAGCUUGCGAUCUCUCGUGCAUCAAACGAUUCAAACGCCUGAGCAGCAUAAAUGGCUUACUAAACUUCUUGGCUUUGAGUUCGACAUUGUGUAUAAACCCGCAAGCAGUAAUCGGCAUGCCGAUGCUCUUUCCCGUCUUCCUGGUGAUGAGAAACCCCAACUGGCUGUUACGGCUGUUACCCGACCGCUCCCGGCAUUGUGGCAGGCCUUACAGCAUGCUUACAAAGAAGAUCCGGCUCUGAAUUCUUUAUUGGAAUCUAUUCAGCAACAUUCUGCAGAAUAUCCAGAUCACUCCAUUCGAGAUCAGGUGGCCCUUUUUAAAGGACGAAUUAUGGUGCCAUCCAAUGGACCCUUACAGCAGCUCUUGAUAUCGGAGUACCAUAAUACCCCAGUAGGAGGUCAUGCCGGAAUUCGUCGAACAUAUCAUCGACUGGCAGGUACUUUUUUCUGGCCAACUCUUAAACAAGAUGUGCGUGACUAUGUCAUCGCUUGCGAGAAUUUGUCAAAGCGGUGA